ACAUAUUCAUACUAUAAUAAAAGACAAAGCUAUAAGAUGUACACAUAAAUGUUACCAACUGUUGGCGUAAAGCCAUUCCAUCUCCAACUUAUUAAAUAAUUUGCCGGUAAUAGUUUUAGUCAUAAGAAUUACUUGGAGUUUCGUACAUCAAACGUUUUACAAUAAAAAUUAAACGCAAGCUAAAGAUACUCAAGGCACAUUUUCCCACUUAGCAGCGCUUGAUUAUUUUUAUUCCAAAAUGGCGGAUAUGGAGCUACGAGGCAAGGAGAGUACCGUUGUGAGUGCUAAGGAAAUAAUGGUGAAGCAAGAAAAACGUGAAAAUCCAAUUACUAAUGGAGGAAAAGAGUCUGGUGACGACGCUGAUAGCUCGGAGGAAGUGCGUUUGGACGUUGGCGAACACUAUCUUGUGCGAAGAUCCGAUGACUCUUGGCAUCCUGCGGAAAUAAUCCAGAGCCGAUACAACGAAUUAGAAUCGCAUUAUGAGUAUUACGUACAUUAUGAAGGAUACAACAGGAGGCUGGAUGAAUGGGUACCGAGAGACAGAAUCAUGUCCAGUAGAUUUGAUAUGAAUGACACGAGAUGGAAAACUAGCGAACACAAUCCUGCAAGUGAUUUAUUGGCUGAUUCAUCAGAUAGAAAAAUCACGAGAAAUCAAAAGAGAAGGCAUGAUGAAAUUAACCACAUACAAAAAACAUACGCAGAGAUGGAUCCUACGACAGCGGCACUUGAGAAAGAACAUGAGGCUAUUACGAAAGUUAAAUAUAUUGAUAAAAUUCAAAUCGGAAAAUAUGAAAUAGACACCUGGUAUUUUAGUCCUUAUCCGGAAGAAUAUGGCAAGCAGCCGAAAUUAUGGAUUUGUGAAUAUUGUCUCAAGUAUAUGAGACUAGAAAAAACUUAUCGUUAUCACAUGAGUGAAUGCACACACAGACAGCCAGUUGGUAAAGAAAUAUAUCGUAAAGGAACUCUGAGUAUUUGGGAAGUCGAUGGUAGAGAACACAAAGUUUAUUGUCAAAAUCUUUGUCUUCUUGCAAAAUUAUUUUUAGACCAUAAAACACUAUAUUUUGAUGUUGAACCGUUUCUUUUUUAUAUUUUAUGUGAAGUUGAUAAACAUGGAGCUCAUUUAGUUGGUUAUUUUUCAAAAGAAAAAGAGUCGCCAGACGGUAAUAACGUUGCGUGUAUUUUAACAUUACCUCCAUUUCAAAGACAAGGAUAUGGCAAACUUUUAAUAGCAUUCAGUUAUGAAUUAAGUAGAAUUGAACAGACUGUGGGAAGUCCUGAAAAACCUUUAAGUGAUCUCGGUAAAUUAUCGUAUCGUAGUUAUUGGAGUUGGAUCCUGUUAGAGAUAUUACGUGAUUUUAGAGGAACAUUAAGCAUUAAAGAUCUCAGUAAUAUGACCAGUAUCUCACAAACAGAUAUAAUAUCAACCUUACAAAGUAUGAAUAUGGUGAAAUAUUGGAAAGGUCAACAUGUAAUUUGUGUAACGCCAAAAUUAGUUGAAGAGCACAUCAAAAGUUCACAAUUUAAGAGGCCAAGGCUAACAGUAGACAGUACAGCAUUAAGAUGGGGUGCUCCACCACGUAAAAACGUCAAACCUGGAAAAAAAUGAUAGCAAAGCUCAUUUUUUAAAAAUACGAGCGAAUGUUUAAUUAAAAAUAUUUUAAUUCCGUAAUUCUGGUACUUUCUCGAAUUACUAUUUCCUCAAGACGCUUUUUAAUUGACACCAAUUGAUUGCGUCAUUUUUAAAUAGACUCUCACAAGCUUUAUUAUUAUUAUUACUAUAACUAUUAUCUUGUACAAAAUAUUUUCGCGUUCAGAUUUGAAUACGGAAUACUAUUAGAUUAAAAUACAAAUACAAAGAUGUAAUGAUAAUUAUUCCUAC